CACACUGCAGCCGCCUCUGCCCUGCCACCUUCUGUCACCCACAGCGCCCCCACGCUGGGUCCGCAGGCCCCCACGUCCAGACCGCAGGAAGGGACACUGGGAGGGCGGGAACCUGCGCACCCGCUGAAAAGACACAGCCUGGGAAACCGCACCCCAGAGGCGGCCUCCGCGGCCAGCCCAGGGGCAGAGGGGCUCGGGGUCUCCGCGCCUGCGGGUGGCAGGUGGCGUCAGGUCUGCACGGUGGACGCUGGGAGGCCUGCAGACCGCCCGAGGAACCACGGUCACCCUGCCCUCUUCCUGAGCACACUCGAGAGGCCCGCGCCCUGGGCAAACUGCCUGGCCUGUGCUCCGCAGGAGCCGCGGCCUCUCCCUGUUCGCUCUCGAGGCCCCUGCGGCCCCCGCCCUACCCUACCCCAGCUCCUCCAGCAAAGGUCCCCGAACCCGAGGCUUCUGUGCCGCCUUGACAAUGGCAGCCCCCUCCUCUGUCACCGCGGAGAAGUCCCGGAACUCCUAGACUUUGGUCUCUUCUGUUUCCGCCGGGCGCCGGCCUCCAGCCUUGGGUUCCCGCCUGGACCUCGCCGCGCGCCUUCCGCUACCCGGGGCUUCCUGCCGGCCGCCAGCGCCUGACCCUCCGACGAGAUCCCAGCACUGCCCAGCCCAGGCCUUCUGUAGGGUUCCCUCCUCUCCACGUAUGGCCCCAUUAUCCCCACGUGGUCUCCCUCCUCCCCAUGGCUGCCCCCAGCAAUUUAGGGUCCCGGUUUUCCUUGCGUGGGCUCUGCGUCCUCCCCAUGUGGGGUCCCAGUCCUCUCCAGGCUUCUGGAAGGCCGGUGAGCUGGAGACAAGCAUGGUCAGGGAGCCCUGUGAAGGCUGAGCAACGGCAGGAAAGGGACAGGCUCAGCGCAUUUCUGGGAAGUAAAGUGGCGGGAUCCCGAGGCAGCAGGAGUCCUGGCACCCAGGACCACAGUUUGAGAGGCCUGGCGCAAAAUGAAAAUGCAGGGCUCCUGCUCAGCAGUAACUCAGACGUCAAGAUGGCGACAGCAGAGCUUCCAGCCAAGCCCGGAGCCCCGCCAGGUGCAGGCCGCACACCCGCGAACCCGCCCUGCUGCAUCUGCGAGUCGGGCGCCCAGGGAAGCGAGGGGCUCUGGGGGCUGCCUGGAGAGGCCUGACCCCUUCCUUCCCUGGAGGCCGCUCCCGAGCUGUGCCAAACCCGGGCUGCCGCGGCGCUGCCACCUGCUGGCCACCUCGGGCCCCUGCCGCGCCCCUCGGAGAGAAGGACGUUGUGUGGAGUGGGCAAGCGGCUUGGUGACCCGCACCGUACCUUCGCAGAAGAGAAACCAGCCGGGGAGGGAGCAUUCUGCAGAAGUUCACAUCUGCUACAGCACCCCAGUGACGGUGGCAGCACGUUACUGUCGCUCUUGAACUGUCCUGUGCCUUACAUCAGCGAGGUAGAGAUGAUGACCCCCCACUACAGACGGAGUCUCGCUGUCGCCCAGGCUGGAGUGCGGCGCGAUCUCGGCUCACUGCAACCUCUGCCUCCGCGGCGCCUCGGCCUCCCAAAGUGCUGGGAUGGCGGAUCUGAACCACCGUUCCCGGCCUGAGGUGAUUUUUAGCAAGUACAGCUGUAGCUGCAGGUAUCCUAGUUCUGUAGGAACAAUGAGGUAUGGAUGGAUCCAUACCUGGACCCAUGGAUGGGAUGGAUCCCUGGCAGGCCCUGGACGGAGGGAAAUGCUCUGGUUUCCUAAGCCCGGCAUCGAGUGAGACCCACCCACAAAGCUAACCGUGGAAGUCACUGGCGGCCUCCUUCGCCCUGCCGCCGGGAAACCCUGCCGGUGGCUCUCGACCUGCUCCCGAGCCAUCUGGUGACACUGACUUCGCAGCCACCACCUUAAUUGGCGCAUUCGACCCAAAUAACAACCAGGGAACCUGUGGGCGGUCAAAUGCCCGGCUCUGCGGUCGGCCCGCCCAGGCCCGUCUCCCUGCCCUGUGAGGCCAGAAAGUUACUUCUCCGAGGCCGUUCCCCAUGACGAGAAAUAUCUCCCGCCUGAGGUUCUGUGGGGUAGGGGCGGUUCGUGCAUUUCUCACAGAAAACCUCGCACAGACCCGCGACUGCCUUUAUUAACAGCUCUCAGGAGGCUGCCUGCAGCUGGGGGUUUCUCCGGCCCCAUGCUCGCGGGCAAGCAAGGCUAAGUUGUGCCUCCAAAAGGGCCAACGGCAACUCCGCGGUCCCUGAACUUCCGGCGCUGGCGGACUUCUCGCUCCAGGGCCACCGGGAGCCGCGGCGUGAGUGCGUGCCGGGGCCGCGCGCGGGGUCUCUGAGGAACUCCAAGUCUGCCCAAGCCUAGGGACCCAGCCACAUUGGCGCACCGGAGACCGCCCGAUUCCACCACCCCCGCGCUCCCCUCACAGCCGGCGCCAAAAACGCCAGUCCCACGACGCAGGCCGGGACCCGCGCACCCACGGCCCAAUCAGCGCGGGCCUUGCACAAAGCGAGCCCCGCCCCCACGGCGCCGCUGCCAGCCCCUCCCCCUCCCGUGGCCGCCUCGGCCCGCCUACUCCCCGCCCCGCGCCGUUCACGGUUAGAGGCUCGCGAUUGGCUCAUGGGGACGGCCGCGAGCUCUGGUUGGUCGGCGCUGAGUCACGAGGGCGCCGUCGUCGCCUUUCCACAGGCGAUUACUGGGCAGGCUCAGUCUUUCGCCUCAGUCUCGAGCUCUCGCUGGCCUUCGGGUGUACGUGCUCCGGGAUCUUCAGCACCCGCGGCCGCCAUCGCCGUCGCUUGGCUUCCUCUGGACUCAUCUGCGCCACUUGUCCGCUCCACACUCCGCCGCCAUAAGCCGCCAUCAUGGUGAAGCUCGCGAAGGCAGGUAAAAAUCAAGGUGACCCCAAGAAAAUGGCUCCUCCUCCAAAGGAGGUAGAAGAAGAUAGUGAAGACGAGGAAAUGUCAGAAGAUGAAGAUGAUGAUAGCAGUGGAGAAGAGGUUGUCAUACCUCAGAAGAAAGGCAAGAAGGCUGCUGCAACCUCAGCAAAGAAGGUGGUAGUUUCCCCAACAAAAAAGGUUGCAGUUGCCACACCAGCCAAGAAAGCAGCUGUCACUCCAGGCAAAAAGGCAGCAGCAACACCUGCCAAGAAGACAGUUACACCAGCCAAAGCAGUCACCACACCUGGCAAGAAGGGAGCCAUACCAGGCAAAGCAUUGGUAGCAACUCCUGGUAAGAAGGGUGCUGCCAUCCCAGCCAAGGGGGCAAAGAAUGGCAAGAAUGCCAAGAAGGAAGACAGUGAUGAAGAGGAGGAGGAUGACAGUGAGGAGGAUGAGGAUGAUGACGAUGACGAGGAUGAGGAUGAGGAUGAAGAUGAAAUAGAACCAGCAGCGAUGAAAGCAGCAGCUGCUGCCCCUGCCUCAGAGGACGAGGACGAUGAGGAUGAGGAUGAUGAUGAGGAUGACGAUGAUGAUGACGAUGAGGAAGAUGACUCUGAAGAAGAAGCUAUGGAGACUACACCAGCCAAAGGAAAGAAAGCUGCAAAAGUUGUUCCUGUGAAAGCCAAGAACGUGGCUGAGGAUGAAGACGAAGAAGAGGAUGAUGAGGACGAGGAUGACGACGACGACGAAGAUGAUGAGGAUGAAGAUGAUGAUGAAGAUGAGGAAGAAGAGGAGGAGGAAGAGCCUGUCAAAGAAGCACCUGGAAAACGAAAGAAGGAAAUGGCCAAACAGAAAGCAGCUCCUGAAGCCAAGAAACAGAAAGUGGAAGGCACAGAACCCACUACGGCUUUCAAUCUCUUUGUUGGAAACCUAAACUUUAACAAAUCUGCUCCUGAAUUAAAAACUGGUAUCAGUGAUGUUUUUGCUAAAAAUGAUCUUGCUGUUGUGGAUGUCAGAAUUGGUAUGACUAGGAAAUUUGGUUAUGUGGAUUUUGAAUCUGCCGAAGACCUGGAGAAAGCCUUGGAACUCACUGGUUUGAAAGUCUUUGGCAAUGAAAUUAAACUGGAGAAACCAAAAGGAAAAGAUAGUAAGAAAGAGCGAGAUGCGAGAACACUUUUGGCUAAAAAUCUCCCUUACAAAGUCACUCAGGAUGAAUUGAAAGAAGUGUUUGAAGAUGCUGCGGAGAUCAGAUUAGUCAGCAAGGAUGGGAAAAGUAAAGGGAUUGCUUAUAUUGAAUUUAAGACAGAAGCUGAUGCAGAGAAAACCUUUGAAGAAAAACAGGGAACAGAGAUCGAUGGGCGAUCUAUUUCCCUGUACUAUACUGGAGAGAAAGGUCAAAAUCAAGACUAUAGAGGUGGAAAGAAUAGCACUUGGAGUGGUGAAUCAAAAACUCUGGUUUUAAGCAACCUCUCCUACAGUGCAACAGAAGAAACUCUUCAGGAAGUAUUUGAGAAAGCAACUUUUAUCAAAGUACCCCAGAACCAAAAUGGCAAAUCUAAAGGGUACGCAUUUAUAGAGUUUGCUUCAUUCGAAGAUGCUAAAGAAGCUUUAAAUUCCUGUAAUAAAAGGGAAAUUGAAGGCAGAGCAAUCAGGCUGGAGUUGCAAGGACCCAGGGGAUCACCUAAUGCCAGAAGCCAGCCAUCCAAAACUCUGUUUGUCAAAGGCCUGUCUGAGGAUACCACUGAAGAGACAUUAAAGGAGUCAUUUGACGGCUCCGUUCGGGCAAGGAUAGUUACUGACCGGGAAACUGGUUCCUCCAAAGGGUUUGGUUUUGUAGACUUCAACAGUGAGGAGGAUGCCAAAGCUGCCAAGGAGGCCAUGGAAGAUGGUGAAAUUGAUGGAAAUAAAGUUACCUUGGACUGGGCCAAACCUAAGGGUGAAGGUGGCUUCGGGGGUCGUGGUGGAGGCAGAGGCGGCUUUGGAGGACGAGGCGGUGGUAGAGGAGGCCGAGGAGGAUUUGGUGGCAGAGGCCGGGGAGGCUUUGGAGGGCGAGGAGGCUUCCGAGGAGGUAGAGGAGGAGGAGGUGACCACAAGCCACAAGGAAAGAAGACGAAGUUUGAAUAGCUUCUGUCCCUCUGCUUUCCCUUUUCCAUUUGAAAGAAAGGACUCUGGGGUUUUUACUGUUACCUGAUAAAUGACAGAGCCUUCUGAGGACAUUCCAAGACAGUAUACAGUCCUGUGGUCUCCUUGGAAAUCCGUCUAGUUAACAUUUCAAGGGCAAUACCUUGUUGGUUUUGACUGGAUAUUCAUAUAAACUUUUUAAAGAGUUGAGUGAUAGAGCUAACCCUUAUCUGUAAGUUUUGAAUUUAUAUUGUUUCAUCCCAUGUACAAAAUCAUUUUUUCCUACAAAUAGUUUGGGUUUUGUUGUUGUUUCUUUUUGUUUUUUUUUUGCGUUCGUGGGGUUGUAAAAGGAAUGUUCUAUGGUUUUUGCUUCAGCGGCUUUAGGACAAAUUAAAAGUCAACUCUGGUGCCA